ACGCCACCAACCUAGAGCCCGGGAAAGAUGGCGGCUGCCGUUCUCAGUGGGCCGUCGGCGGCCUCCCCGGCUGGGGUCCCCGGCGGGGCCGCGGGUCUGUCGGCCAUGGGCUCCGGCCCGCGGCUUCGCCUGCUGCUGCUGGAGAGCGUCUCCGGGCUGCUGCAGCCGCGCACGGGAUCCACCGUCACUCCGGUGCAGCCCCCGGUGCGCUCAGCCCCGCAUUUGCCCGGGCUCGUGUGCCUGCUGCGGCUGCAUGGAACGGUGGGCGGGGCCCAGAAUCUGUCAGCCGUCGGGGCCUUGGUGAGUCUUAGCAAUGCACGGCUCGGCUCCAUCAAAACGCGGUUUGAGGGCCUGUGCCUGCUGUCCCUGCUGGUUGGGGACAGUUCCACGGAGACAUUCCAGCAGCACUGUGUGUCUUGGCUUCGGAGCAUCCAGCAGGUGCUACAGUCCCAGGACCCGCCCGCCACCAUGGAGCUGGCUGUAGCUGUGCUGAGGGACCUGCUGCGGUACGCAGCCCAGCUCCCCAUGCUGUUCCGGGACAUCUCCAUCAAUCACCUACCCGGCCUGCUCACCUCCCUGCUGGGCCUCAGACCAGAGUGUGAACAGUCAGCGCUGGAAGGAAUGAAGGCCUGUAUGACCUAUUUCCCUCGGGCCUGUGGUUCUCUCAAAGGCAAGCUGGCCUCCUUCUUCCUUUCUCGCGUGGAUGCCUUGAGCCCUCAGCUCCAGCAGCUGGCCUGCGAGUGCUACUCCAGGCUGCCUUCCCUGGGGGCUGGCUUCUCCCAGGGACUGAAGCACACCGAGAGCUGGGAGCAAGAGCUGCACAGCCUGCUGGCCUCGCUGCACAGCCUGUUGGGGGCGCUGUUUGAGGGCACGGAAACCGUUUCUGUGCCCAGUGAAGACCCUGGAGUGGAGACACUGCUUUCCCAGUCUGAUGAAGGUGACACCCAUGUCCUCCUCCGUAUGCGGCAGAGGUUUUCAGGGCUGGCCCGCUGCCUGGGGCUCAUGCUCAGCUCUGAGUUUGGGGCUCCUGUGUCUGUGCCUGUGCAAGAGAUUCUGGACGUCAUCUGCCGGACCCUGAGCAUCAGUAGCAAGAACAUUAGCUUGCUUGGAGAUGGCCCACUGCGGCUGUUGCUGCUGCCCUCCGUCCACCUGGAAGCCCUGGACCUGCUCUCUGCGCUCAUCCUUGCGUGUGGAGGCCGACUCCUGCGCUUUGGGGCACUGAUCAGCCGCCUGUUCCCCCAGGUCCUUAACGCCUGGAGUGUUGGCCGGGACUCCCUGUCUCCUGGCCAGGAGAGGCCUUACAGCACCAUCCGGACCAAGGUGUACACCGUGUUAGAGUUGUGGGUGCAGGUUUGCGGGGCCUCAGCAGGGGUGCUGCAGGGAGGAGCCUCCGGAGAGGCUUUGCUCACCCACCUUCUCAGUGACAUCUCCCCGCCAGCGGAUACCCUCAAGCUGCGCAGCCCCCGGGCCAGCCCUGAUGGGAAUUUGCAAACUGGGAAGCCCAGUGCCCCCAAGAAGCUAAAGCUGGACGUAGGGGAGGCUGUGGCUCCACCCAGCCACCGGAAGGGAGAUAACAACGCCAACAGUGACGUGUGUGCCGCAGCGUUGAGAGGCCUCAGUCGCACCAUCCUCAUGUGUGGGCCGCUCAUCAAGGAGGAUACUCACAGGAGGCUGCAUGACCUGGUCCUGCCGCUCAUCAUGGGCGUCCAGCAGAGUGAGGUACUGGGCAGCUCCCCAUACACGAGUGCCCGCUGCCGCCGAGAGCUCUACCGCCUGCUGCUGGCCCUGCUGCUGGCACCAUCUCCUCGUUGCCCGCCGCCUCUGGCCUGUGCCCUGCAGGCCUUCUCCCUUGGCCAGCGAGAGGACAGUCUUGAGGUCUCCUCUUUCUGCUCUGAAGCACUGGUGACCUGUGCUGCUCUCACUCACCCCCGGGUGCCCCCCCUGCAGGCCAUGGGCCCCACCUGCCUCACCCCUGCGCCAGCUCCCCCACCGGAGGCUACAACUCCAUUCCGGGCCCCUCCCUUCCACCCUGCAGGCCCCAUGCCCUCCACAGGCCCCAUGCCCUCCACAGGCCCUGUGUCCUCCGUAGGCCCUGUGCCCCCAGCAGGCCCUGUGCCCUCAGCAGGCCCCGUGCCUUCAGCACGCCCUGGACCCCCAGCUACGGCCAACCACUUAGGCCUCUCUGUCCCAGGCCUCGUGUCUGUCCCUCCCCGGCUGCUCCCUGGCCCCGAAAACCACCGGGCAGGCUCAAAUGAGGAUGCUGUCCUUGCGGCUAGUGGGAGUCCCCCACCAGCAGUCCCCCCAGAUGAGACUUUUGGGGGGAGAGUGCCCAGACCUGCCUUCGUGCACUACGAUAAAGAGGAGGCGUCUGACGUGGAGAUUUCCCUGGAAAGCGACUCCGAUGACAGUGUGGUGAUUGUGCCUGAAGGGCUGCCUCCCCUGCCGCCCCCGCCCCCUGCGGACGUUGCCGCACCUUCCCCUGUAGCCCCUGUACCCCCCGUAGCAGCUGCUGCAGCCACCGCCACCACUGCCACCACCGGGGCGCCUCCAGCUGCCUCCCCUCCAGAGCCAACCAAGGAGGAGCCUGAGGAACUGCCUGCUGCCCCGGGCCCUCUCCCGCCCCCACCACCCCCACCGGCGCCUGGACCCGUGGCGCUUCCGCCACCCCAGCUCGUCCCAGAAGGGACUCCUGCAGGAGGGGGACCCCCAGCCCUGGAAGAGGACUUGACAGUUAUUAAUAUCAAUAGCAGUGAUGAGGAGGAGGAGGAGGAGGAGGAAGAGGAGGAGGAAGAGGAGGAAGAAGAGGAGGAGGAAGACUUUGAGGAGGAGGAAGAGGAGGAAGAAGAGUAUUUUGAAGAGGAAGAAGAAGAGGAAGAAGAAUUUGAGGAGGAAUUUGAGGAAGAAGAAGGGGAGGAGGAAGAGGAGGAGGAGGAAGAGGAGGAGGAGGAAGAGGAGUUGGAAGAGGUAGAAGAGUUGGAGUUUGGCUCAGCAGCAGGGGAGGUGGAAGAAGGGGGCCCUGCACCCCCAGCCCUGCCUCCGGCUCUGCCCCCGCCAGAAUCACCCAAGGCGCAGCCGGAGCCGGAGCCGGAGCCGGAGCCUGGGCUGCUGCUGGAAGUGGAGGAGCCGGGGGCUGAGGCAGAGCCAGGGGCAGAAGCAGCCCCUACCCCAGCCCCCGAGGGGCUGCUCACCCAGGGGGAGGUGGGACAGGAAGGGGGGAGCCCCUCAGCAGAGCCACCACCCCAGGAGCUCAUGGAGGAAGAACCCCCUGAACCCCCAACCCUGCAGGAAGAGGAGACUGAGGGCAGGGAGGACAAGGGGCUCCAGCCCCCAGAGACGCCUGCCGAAGAGCCAAUGGAGGCCGAGGCUGCCUCGCUCCCCGAAAAGGAGCAGGAUGACACAGCUGCCAUGCUGGCCGACUUCAUUGAUUGUCCCCCUGAUGAGGAGAAGCUACCUCCGCCGCCGCCUGCCUCAGAGCCCGACUCCUAGCCCUCUGUCCUGCCACCCGACUCAUUUCCAAUAAAGUUGCAUCCUUUGGUAGCUGCUGCUGCCUGUUGCUGCGCUGAAGCCCAAGUGUCCCUGUGGCCAGGGGAGGCCCACUGGCUUCCCUGGGUGUCUUGUACCAGCCCAGGGCAGGGUUUCAGGACUCAUGCCCGCUGCUCUUUCUCAUGCUGUGUGAGGCGAGGCUUCCAAAAGUUCAUGGAAAAUGUGUAUUAGGAAAAAACUGUAUGGACUUUUGUACUGAAAGUGUCUUAAAAAAUUAUGUG